UGGAGAGGAGGGACACACUCCACUCCUCUGUGCUGCCAAGAGGCUCUUUGAACACACGGGAGGGAUCGAGCACGGGACUGGUUCUUUUGGUCGGAGAGAAGAAGGAAAAUAAGUCGAUCAGAGGAUAUUAAAUCAUUUUUUUGCGGCUCUUUUUUUCAGGAGUUUCCUGCUUUGUUUUCUGUUUUUUUCCGCUGCGUGUUGGCCUGUCACGCUUCUUGUCUUUGUCAAUGGUUUGAAACUCUGAGCGUGACGUUUGUGGAGUGUUCAGCUGGGAUGGAGCGGAGGGAAAACCCUCCAAAACCCGCUUUGUAGUCCACUUCUCCUCCCGCAGGGAUACAGUGACAUUUACCGAAAGGUGACGCACGUUUCGCAGCGGCUGCUGUCGGCUCAUGAAAACACUUCUCUGAGAGUCCACGGACUUUUUUUUAUCAUUGAUGGUGGGUUGUCUUAUGAUGACCCCCGCCUGGAGGUCAUAGUUGACCCUUCUUAUUUCCCACCACAUCACUGCCCCUCACCCCAAUGAUGACUAUGAGCUCUAUAUCGGACACUUUGGUCCCGCCUGAUCCCUCCAAAUCGGCGUUUUUGGAAUUCGGCGGCCACGGCUACCCCGGACACCAGCAGCCCUCCCCCGGCCUAUCCCACAACCAUUACCCGGUCCACGGUCUGCACGCAGUGGGACCCUCGCAGCACGACGGGCCCUUCUCCGCCGGCGCAUCCUCGUACGGUCGUCCUCUUGGGUACGCGUCCUAUCACAGCCCCGUGAGCGCCCACCACCCCGGGGCCUACCUGCCCUAUCAGCACGGGGGUCACGGCGGCACGCUUGGACACACCAGACUGGAGGAUUCGGAACACGAGAAGCCCACGGCGGUGAUCGAGAAUGGGGAGGUGAGGCUGAACGGGAAGGGGAAGAAGAUCAGGAAGCCUCGCACCAUUUACUCCAGCCUGCAGCUCCAGGCACUCAACCAGCGUUUCCAGCAGACCCAGUACCUCGCCCUGCCCGAGAGGGCUGACCUUGCGGCCAAGCUGGGCCUGACGCAGACCCAGGUGAAAAUAUGGUUCCAAAACAAACGAUCCAAAUACAAGAAGAUCAUGAAGAACGGACCCUGUGGACCUGAGGGAGACCACCUUGCCCCACCACCACCGUCCUCCUCCUCUCCAUGCUCCCUGUGGGACAUCAGCAUGGCCGCCAAAGGCGCGCCGGUGCACUCUGGAGGAUACAUGAACAAUUUUGCUCACUGGUACCCCGGACACCAGCAGGACUCCAUGCCGAGGACUCAGAUGAUGUGACAGACAGGACAGCAGGAUGCAGCACUUCCAGGACAAAUAAUGGAUUUAUACCAGCAAGCUGACUGGAGCUGUUAGGGACAUGGACAUUAAGAGUCUGAGCUUCUCUGGAGGCAAAAAUAACAACUGGCAGAGAUCAAUUUCAGGGUUUUUACUUCAGGCGGAAAAAAGCAUGAAAAUAAGACAAAUACCAAGAUAUUUUUAACUUUAAAAAGGAUACAAGAUAUUUAUAUUAUUUGAAUUUACUUUAUAAACUAUGAGGGCUUUAACCAUAUUGGCAACACAAUAGCAUACCAUUUGAACCAAAGAAUUAUAGAAACUGAAGGCUUCUAAUGAACUUAAAACUAGUUAUCAACUAACGUUGCUAACUUAAGCUUGUGCAUCAAUAGCCACCUCAUUUGAAAAGAAAUAAACAAAAUGGCUUGAUGGCAAAGUAAUAACCUUGAUGUAAAUGGCACUAAAUUGAUCAAUUGUGAGGACUCAAUGUUCAGUUAUAUUAUAUUCAGCUAUAACCCAUAGAGGUGAGAACUGAGCAUUUGGUACCACACAAAGCCAAGUACACUGCAGCUAACUAGCCUGGCACACCUUCUACACACAGAUAAGCUAUGCAGUGUCCUUACUUCAGCAAAUAAAGACAGUGGGUUUAUGCUUUUUUAUGUUUUUGCUGUUCAUUUUGCCAGUUAGCUCAUUGGAAAUUGUGUAUAUUUGACUCAGCCUGUUAAAAACACUAGCCUUAGCCACAAGUCACAAUUGCAGGACGAUGGUAAAUGCCAAAGUGUAGCUUUACAGCAGCAACAAAAAGUAUAGAAUGCACAGCAAUAUUUAUCCAAAGUUAAUAUUAGCCACCAUAUGCUAGCUAUGUGAAUGUGUUAUUCCUUCUUUGGGAAGAAACACUCUUUGGAACAGUCUCACUUCAACGCAGCCAGUCGAGUUAUUUCCGUCUCCAGAGGAGUUCGGCCAUGCCAAGAUAUUUUUUGAUAAAGCUACAACUCAGAACUAAGAAACUAACUCAUUUUUCUUCGGUCUUUUCAGUGGGUUACAGUGGGUACACGUGUAACAUCAUGGGUUUUUCUUCAGGGUUUCUUCAUAGUUGUUUUUAAAAAAGGACCAGACAUCGCCAUCACCACAAAUGACGACGUGUGGCAACGUAGUUGUACGACUAAGUUCCAGUAAAUUGAGGAAAAACUUCUUUAAAAAAGGAACAGAUCAAAUUAAAGAACUAAAGAAAAGUUCUUCCGAUUCACCAUUGUGUAUUUUAUCAAUUCUGACAGGGUGCAACACUAUGCUGGUUCUGUGUAGCGUGUAUGCCUUUAAAGAGCUGACACGAAACAAAGAGCUCUGAUGAGGUAUAUGAAGAAGAUGCGGCCAUUUUAUGGUACUUAUAAUCCCCCUUUUUUUAAAGACUGUAUGGGAGAUAGGCACUGAAUGGACACGGCUACUUCAUGGUAUGAGUCAAAUUUUAUAUAUAUUUUUUCUAAAAUAGUUCAAAGAUGAAGCCAUAAUGAACACGCCAGAAAUGUUUUUGAAAGUGUAUGUUUAAAAUAUGUGUAUAAAACAAAUUAC